CUGUAGCCGGUUAUUGUCAAAAAAUCUGGAUUGCUCUUUCAGCCGACCAAACUACUAUUACUAUCCAGGACGACGGACGGGGCAUUCCUAUUGAAACUCAUCCCAAAACCAAAAUGAGCGUUUUAAGAACCAUUUUUGAGGUUCUUCAUUCAGGGGGAAAGUUUGACGACAAAGCCUAUAAAACUUCCGGUGGACUCCACGGAGUAGGUGUAACGGUAGUUAAUGCCCUCUCCAAAUCUUUACGGGUAGAAAGUAGCCGCGAAGGAAAAACCGAAACCAUAAUUUAUGAACGGGGAAAAUUAAUUUCUUCGCAAAUUAUUGACACUCCGGAACGAAAUAACGGUCUACUAGUAGAAUUCACCCCUGACUCGGAAAUUUUCAAGGAAUUCACUUAUUUCAAAGUAGAAACCAUUCAAAGACGUUUGAAAGAAAUAGCCUAUCUAAAUCCUAAUCUCACUUUAUAUUUUGCUACUUCUCCCACGGCCGAACCAAUCGUCUAUCAUUUUACUGUGAGCGAAGAAAAAACUUCGGAAUAUUUUCAAUUAAGUCUGGCUUUUCAGUAUCAGGAUAGUUAUGACAAGAAUAAUAUUCGUUCUUUCUGUAAUAAUAUUCGCACGAGUGGUGGCGGUUCUCAUAUUAGCGGUUUUGAGAGUGGCCUUUUUGAAGUUUGCAAAGAAUUAGUUAUCAAGGAUAAUCCUAAUUUAGAAAUUGAAAUGAACGAUGUUUUA